AUGUUCCUGUCAAGGUGCACCCCUGCGAUGCAACACAACGGACCCAGCCUGCACACCAGGCGGCACUCGCGCUCAAUCCACUGCCGCCUUAUCUGCCAUGUCACUAAGGGUUGGGCUGGGUAUAUCGGCAUGCAUCGUGCUAGUUCCCAAAGAAGGAGGUGGUUUCUGCACUUGUGUGCUUUUAAGCUUAAUGCUAAGCGGGUCUUGGAUGGUUUUGCUAGCCGUCACGUUAUUUAA